CAGGUUCAAAAAACUUAAUUGAUUGAUUUUGGUUUUGGUUUUGAUAACACACGAACCAACAUCAUAUAUAUAAUGUUUGUUUUCGUGUCAAUGCUGCUAUUCACGGGAUCAUUUAUCAACGGUGGUCAUGCAUCGGGGUUCAUAGACGAUGCCAACAUGUCGCUCACGAGAUCCUGUAAUGAUAAGGAGAGGCAGACACUGCUAGGCUUCAAAGCAAACCUAGUCGACAUCAAUAACACUCUAAAUGAUUGGGGGAACAAAGAAAAGAAGGAUUGUUGUCAAUGGGUGGGUGUCCGUUGCAACAACCGCACUGGUCAUGUGACUGAACUUGAUCUUUCGACCUUUUCUAACGGCUUGUCUGGUACGCUACCAGAUAUCACGUCGGUCUUUGAACGCUACCCUGGAAUAGAUUUGAGUAACAACCAACUCGAAGGAUUAUUGGGUAACAUUCCUAGAUGCUUUGGUAAUUUCACGGCUAUGGCUAAUAGACGGCUUGGAGAUGAUGUUAUGAGCCAUUAUUACUCCUCUUAUGUAUCAACUCUCCCUUGGCAAUACCAUCACCCUAGAUCAAUUCGUUAUUCAAUGAAUCGCAGUGCAUAUACAUGUCCGAAGCGGAGAGGACGUAAUUCCAGUUGCGCUUCGGAUGAAGAGGCCCUUUUCACCGACAAUGCACUGGUUGCAUGGAAGGGAACACAACGUGAAUUUGGAAGAGGUAUCCUUCACCUACUAAAGAGCAUUGAUAUUUCAAGCAACAAAUUGUAUGGGAAACUUCCCUCUGAGAUCACUAAUCUUCUAGAGUUGGUCUCUUUAAAUUUUUCGGACAACAAACUACACGGGGAACUUCCAAAGCAUAUGGGUCGGUUGAGAUCUCUUGAUUCUCUUGACUUGUCAAGAAACGAGUUCUCUGGAAAUAUUCCGUCGAGUUUAUCACAGUUAACACGUUUAAGUUAUCUUAACCUCUCCUACAACAACUUGUCAGGAAGAAUACCAACCGGAACUCAACUCCAAAGCUUCAAUUAUACAUCCUACAGUGGUAACCCUCAACUUUGUGGACUCCCACUUACACAAAGAUGCGGGCUUCCAUCUCCACCUCCACCUCCACCUGCAACUGUUGUUGGAAAGGAAGAUAGAGACGAAUUUUGGAAAUCAUAUUACACAGGUAUGGGUGGUGGAUUUGCCGUCGGAUUUUUGGGAUUAUGUGGUGCUUUAUUUCUCAAUAACCGGUGCAGAUAUUUGUUUUUUGCCUCCUUGAGUAACAUGAAGGAUCGGAUAUAUGUAACAACAGUUGUGCAUUUUCGGAGCCUGCGUAGGAAAUUUAGACAGUAAAUGUUGAAUGUAUCUUCUGAUCAUUGUGCAACUGUUUCGUAUUGGUUAAGUAGCAAUUUUACUAUUGUCGUUGGCCCAUGGUAUUGCCGUUGAGUUUGCAAAACUCCUGUUUAAGAUAUAUAAGCACUGCGGUUAUUUUCUGUUGUACAAAAAGU